AUAAAGGUACGUGCGUGUCACGCACCGCACAGUACUCAGUUUCUAGUAUUCAAUUGUGGUUGUUUAUUUUGUAAGACAUGGAGUUUAAGUGUUUUGCGGUCGUUCUUUUGGCAGUGAGCGUAAACUGCCGAGUAACAUAUCCGAAGCUUGAAGACUUGCAAUCGCAGGGAUCAUUUGCUCAAGCCAUCCAUCGGCCUGUUCAUCAUUAUGUACCUGAAGAACACCAUGUAGAUUAUUAUGCUUACCCGAAGUACGUGUUUAAAUACGGUGUCAACGAUUUUCAUACAGGAGAUAUUAAAACGCACCAUGAAAGUCGCGACGGGGAUGUGGUCACAGGCCAAUACAGCGUGGUAGAACCAGAUGGCGCUAUCCGCACUGUGGACUAUACAGCAGACAAACACAAUGGUUUCAAUGCUGUUGUCCAUAGAACUGCACCUAUUUCGCCUCAUGAAGCCCAUUUUGUACAUUAAUUGCAUAAGAUAUAGUAUGUCUGACAAAUUAGGAGUAGGGCAAUGACUUUUAAAAUGCUUUAGUAAAUAGUAGGUGUUUUUCCAUUUAUGAACAAAAUAAUAUUGGAAUUUUCUUCUAAAAGUUAUUGUUAUUAUUGUUUGAUGUUAAAUGUUUAAAAAAAUGUUAUUUAAUUGUAAAAUUAUUUUAAAUGUAGAUCUCGAUAUAAAAAUGUGUUUCUUGUUAUUUUAUCGGAUUUGUUACACGGAAGUACCUGAGUAGACAUGUUAUUUCAAUAUUAUUAUAUACUUAAGAUUGUGUAAGAAUAUUUUUAGUUGUAUAAUAAAUAAAUUAUAGAUAUAUUA